UUAAUAAUUGUAUUUCUUUAAAAUAGUUCAUGAAAUGCUUCAUUGCGCUAAUGAGUGUUCAAAAAGACAUAAUGCUGAUUACAUUACAUUUGGAGAGUUUUGUGUUUAUGCAUCAGAAUUAAAAUCAUGUUAUGACAAUAAAAUUCCUCGCCCUACACCUUUGUCCAAAACAAAACGAUUGAGAAGGAGAAAUACUGUCCCACAACGUUCAUCAAAAUAUCAAGUAUUUCUUGGUGGCUCCUGUAAUCCAACUACAUGGAGAAAAGACAUUGCCAUACCAACAUUUAAAUCACUCAAGAUUUCAUAUUAUAAUCCUGUAAGUAUUUAUUCUUAUUAUUCCUUUUUAAGCAUCUUUAUUAUUGUCAAAAUAGUGUUGAUAUAUUCAUCAAAAUAGUUCAAUGCAAGGAGUUUUAUAAUACUAUAAUUUCACUUUUAAGAGUGAUUUGUGAGAUGCUAUUAACAGAUUAAGCAUUUGCAAUGCUUGAAGACGACCUAAGGCCUGUUUUACAAA